UUGUGGCGUUAAACAAUCAGCUACAAUGUCCUACCUAACACUGCUUGUGUUUGCUGUGCUUGCUUCUUUAGUAUACUCUCAACGCAUGGACCAAAGAAUGGAUGAUUGUGAAAUCAUCCGAGUCGACAAGGGAGAUCGAUUCGGGACAAGAGGAACUUGUUGCGUAACAUGGGAUGACCAAAUUGCCGGCGGAAGAAAAGGAUUACUUUCUGGAUUAUUCGGUGGAAUGGGCUUUGGUGCUGGAGUAAGCGGAUAUCUAAAUGACAGCAAAGGUCGCAACAUUAAAGGUGGAAUUGGAGGAACAGUUGGUUUUGGAUUGGGCGGUGGUGGAGAUGAUGAUCCUCCAGCACCAUCGGUAGUACCUGUACCAGUAGCAGUACCAGGUCCAGCAGCACCUCCAGCGUACCCACCUCCGGCAUAUCCUCCAGCGUAUCCUGCCCCAUAUCCUCAUCCAGGAUAUUAUUAAUCCACAGAUAAUAAAAUAUAGUCCCACAUUAACUAUUAUUAUUAUUAUUUUAUUUUGUUCAGAUCAUUGACUAUAAAUAAUAUCAUUUUACGUUUUGAAUAUUCAAAUACCCGGCACCGCUUCGGUAUAUUAAUUUAAAUAAAAGUAAAACAAUAAGCUAUAAAUUAAAAUUGCGUUGCUUUGAAUUUAAGAAGUAAUAUAAAAGAGCAAACUUUGAGAAAUUUGUAGUACAAUUCCAACUAACUUUUCGAAAAUGUUUUCCGCGAAGCUUUUUGUUUUAUUGGUAGUGGUUGCAGUGUGUUAUGCAGGAAACUCACAUCAUUGCCAACAAAUAACAGUUUCGAAAGGAGAUGCAUUUGGUACCCUGGGUACCUGUUGUGUACACUGGGACAAUUCUGACAGAAGAGUUUUUGGAUUCAAAGGAGAAGUUAGCGGUUAUGUUGGAGCCCAGAAAAAACCAUGGAUUCAUGGUCACGCCAAAACCGAAGUUGGCGUCAGUUUGGGUUGAUGCUCCAAAGCAACCUCUACGUCAUAACAGCCUAUACUCGAACUUGUUUAAAAGAAACCAAAUUGCAAACACUAUUAAUUGUAAACAAAAAAGUAGUAAAUAACAACAUUCACAAUAAAUUGUAUUGAGCUGUCGUGCAA